AUGAGACCGAGAGUGCUAUCGCCCUCACCUACAAGGAGAUUACUCUCGGUCUCGCUAACAAGCACUAUCAACAUUAUUCUACGAGACGUCAGCAAGGCCUUUGGCAUGGUCUGGUAUAACAAAUACAUAUUAACACAAUUACAACUCCUCUGCUGCUUCCUGGACCACAGGACUGCCACAAUACAUCUGGGCGCUCCCCUCCACCUCAGAAGUGGAGUACCACAGGGAAGCGUUUUAUCGCCAACCCUUUAUGUCCUGUACAAAUCCAAUCUGCUACAGCCUACACCAGACAGCAACUAUAUUUCCUACGCAGAUAUCACAUAG